UUGAAACAACCGGAAAGAAGGACGUGUUUCCAAGUGACACACUUCCUUGUCCUUUCCCUAAAUCUCCCCCCGUGGUGGAGGGCAUUCUCAGACUGUGAUGCACGAACUCAAAACUAGAAGCGAAAAGCGAAUCGAGUCGUAAUGGCGUCGUCGUCGUCGUCCUCCUCGCCACACGACCGCAGCAGACCGAGCGAGGACGAGGAGGACCCGGUCGACCAGAUGAUCUCCAGGACGGGAUGCGCGGAGCUCCACUACGCUGUGCAGGAGUGCAUGGCGGAGCGCCAGGACUGGCGGAAGUGCCAGCCCCAGGUGCAGGCCUUUAAGGAGUGCAUGUUGACAUUCCAGAGCGCAAGGAAGGAGCAACUCGCCAAGCAGAAACCAGCACAGGUCAAUUAGUAGACCUGACUUCGUGUCUGAAACUACUUUUUCUUUCUUGUGACUUUGCUCAGUGGUGUGAAAGUUUUUGGCAUGCCAUAUACCAAUAGUUUUCAUAUGGCCUUUUCUUCUGCGUGGCGGCCUGUAGCGUAGUGGUUAAGGUAAAUGACUGGGACAUGUAAGGUCGCUGGUUCUAAUCCCGGUGUAGCCACAAUAAGAUCCGCACAGCCGUUGGGCCCUUGAGCAAGGCCCUUAACCCUACACUGCUCCAGGGGAGGAUUGUCUCCUGCUUAGUCUAAUCAACUGUACGUCACUCUGGAUAAGAGCGUCUGCCAAAUGCCAAUAAUGUAAUGUAAUGUAUGGUAAUGUAAUGGAUGAUGGAUGAAGUGCUUCUCUCCUCUUUCUAUUUUGACAUACAUUUGAGCAGUUACAAAUUUGAAAUUAAGUCUGAUUUGUUUUCGUUUUUUAAAUUUUGUUUAUUUCAAAUGAUUCUCAGGUUAAUAUCAUGUCCAUUGUACGCAUCAUGGUUAAGGUUUGUCUCCUGGAACCAGGUGUGGGUCAAAAACAAUAUUUGAAUUUGAAUUCAAAUAUUUUUCUGGGAUUUACUGAGCUUGUCUGGUGUAUUUGGAAGCGAUUAAAUACUCUUCAAACUUCACAAAAUGCAAAUCUGACCUUCUGGUCCUCUUGGCAAGAUCAACCAAGCACAGAAAAGUAUCUGAAUCCAAAGUGAUUAUCUGUUUGACCCAGGUCUGCGUGGAACAAGUAUACAGCUCUGAGAAGCAGAAUUUACAGUGCGGCCUUAGAAUAAACUAUCACCACAGUGAGUUCUUGAGAAUAACCAAAAAUAAAAUAAAGGAUCCAUCUGUUUGUUUGAGAAGUCA